CUUUGUUGUGAUGAUUAAAUAAUUAUACACAUUUAAGUAGUAAUAUUUUACAAAAGAGAAAAUUACAAUGUACUUCAAAACUCAAUUUAUUACUUUUAUUAUUGUAUGGAGCCAUUUUGAAUCCCAAUUUGUCAAUGCAGGAAUCGCUGCGUCUCGGAAGGAGUAUGAGGAUUAUAAACUGAUGAUGCGUUCUCAAAUGUGUGAAAUAAUAAGAGCUAGCGAUCAUAAGGGUAAUGAGGAUGACUCAGAUCAGGCAACUACACAAGAAAAACCGACAAAACAGCCUCCGAAACCGUCAUUGGAUGAGCGUCGUAAGAAGACUACGAAACAGUCUUUAAAAUUGGCUGAAGAACAGACUAGUAAUGAAAACUCAGAACAGGAACUUUUAGAAAAGGCUCUCUUAGACAUGGCUAUUGAGGAGUCUAAAAAAGAAGCUAUUCGAAGACCUUUAAAAGAAAAACAAAAAAUACCAACAAAUAAGCAGGCUAUUGACGAUUAUGAAAGAGAAUCCUUAAAAUUGGCCGAAGAACAGAAAAAUCUUAAAAAAGCUAUUCGAAGAUCUCUAAAAGAAAAACAAAAAAUGUCAACAAAUAAGCAGGCUAUUGACGAUUAUGAAAGAGAAUCCUUAAAAUUGGCCGAAGAACAGAGAAGGUUACAUGAAGCUAUGGAAAGGUCUUUAUUAGAAAACUAUAAAACACCAAGAGAUGCGUCCUUAAAAUUGACCGAAGAACAGAAAAAUCUUAAAAUGGCUAUUGAAAUGUCUCUAAAAGAAAAUAAAAAAAUAUCACCAAAAAAGUUUGAAGAAUUUACUGAAGAGCAGAGAAAGUUAAAUGAAGCUAUUGAAAGGUCUCUAAAGGAAAAACAAAAAAUAUCAACUACGCAAACUAAUGACGAUUUUGAAAAUGAAGAAAUAUUAAAUGAGGCUAUUGAAAGGUCAUUAAAAGAAAAUCGUAAAGUAUCAAAAGAUAAGCUACGUGACUUGACGAAUAUAGAAAAGGAACUUCUAGAUCUGUGUCUCUCAGAGUUGAGUCAGGAAAGUAAAAAUAAAUUAAAUGAGGCUAUUGAAAGUUCACUAUAUGAGAACCAAAAAUUAUCGACUGAUGGAGUACGUAUAUCAAGUAAUAUGACAAGUUUGGAAAAGACUCUCUUAGAUUUGUGUCUUAAAGAUUCGAGCUUAGUUGGUAAAAAACGAGUUCUCAAAUUAUUAAAAAAGAUAUCUAAAUCGUCUAAAAAGAAUAUUCACGAUACGUCUUCAGAAGAGUCUGAUACUAAUGACAAAUAAGUAGUCUCAUCAAGUAAGAAAUGGAAAGAAGAACAUAUAAAGAAAUAUUCAAAUAAUUAAAAAUUUUUCCAUAUCAUAAGAUUUAGACUAAUUUCAAUCCGCUAACUGUUAUUUUAAAAUAUUAUUAUAUAAAUAUUGAAAAACUUGACUUUAUAUCAAAGAAUCUGUAAUAAUAAAAAAUAUUUAUAGUAUAAAA